AUGCCGCCUUCAUUCUCGCGGCAUUCGAACAGUGCGGGCUCUGCGCUCCCCCGCAUUCCGCGCCGCAGCCCAUCCGUAUCUAACUCACGAUUCUCAUUCACGAAGGCCAUACCCGACUCGCCGCCGAGCCCGCCGAAGCCAACUGUCUUGGUUGUCCAGCCCCCUACGCCUCCUCAUGCCGCCGCGAUGACUACCCCUCGACCCCCCUGCACAGCCUCAGCCUCAGGUUCGUCCAGCAGCUCCGACUCGUCCAUGCAGUUCUUCGUCACCCGCCAACGCCGCAGCAGAAUGGGCUCCAAGAUGCGUUCUCCCGAGGAGUCCACCCCUACGCCCGCCGUGCUCCGCGCACGUUCGUCGUCUCCCUCUGAGCAGGUCGCUUUCCCGACGCACGUGGGGCCCUUGAGCCCGGAGACCCCGCGACCGUCUUCCUCCGGCGGGAUCCCGCACGCCCCGGCAACGGCACCUCUGCCCGAAUUUCCGACUGCAGUACGCGUCGAGCCGCCCAGCCGCGCUGUCAGCGUGAGCGUGCCGUCCAACGUCUCCGCCCAGCUCACGCGCAAGAAGUCCGGCGAGCCCCUCAAGUCGUCCCUCAAGUCGCGACGCGCGGUCGUGCGUGGUGACCUCUCCGUCGUCACGGGAGGGGGCGCAGAGGCGGAGGCGAGCCUAUCGAAGAGCGAGCCGACGACGCCGGUGCAUUCCAGCAAGAGCGUGCAUUUCGACUCGCAGCUCGAGCACGUCAAGCUGUUCCUUGCGGAGCAGAAGCCGCUCGCGGUGAGCAGAGACGGGAGCCCGACGACGGACACGAGCGGGACGGACAGCGACUUCCCCGCGUUCAUCUAUGGCGAGGACGAGAAGCGCAUUGGCGAGAAGAAGGGGAGGCUGGCGAUGGAGGUGAUGAAUAUGCCUGCGAAGGACACGCCCCAGCGGAAGGCGGCGGAGUGUGCGUUGGAGGAGCUCACGUUGGGCGCGGACAGCGCGGCGGUGCAGGGCCGGGUGCGUGUGAAGAACAUCGCGUUCCAGAAGUGGGUCGCGGUGCGGUUCACGUUCGAUUGGUGGCAGACGACGAGCGAGGUCACCGCGCGGUACGUGCACACCCUCGAGGGCGGCUUGUUCGACGUGUUCGCGUUCACGAUACGUCUCAACGACAUGCUCGCUCGCAUCGAGGAGAAGACGCUCUUCAUGGCGAUCCGGUACACGGUCGAUGGCAAGGAGAUCUGGGACAACAACGGCGGCGAGAACUUCCAGGUGAAGUUCUCCAGACAUCUGGAGGCGCCGCAGCCCUCUCCCGCCCGCCCGGCGACCGAGCGGAAGAACAUCUCCGACCUGCGCAUCAAGCUCGAGAAGGUCGCCUCCACCCAGUCGCCCGCGCGCAAGUCACCCUCGCCCCGCGCAGACACGUUCAACCUCCGCUCGUCGACGCCGCUCUCUGCGCGCUACGACCUCUCCGCGUCAUUCAAGCGGCCGUGGAAGUCACCGUCGCCGACCGCGCACACGCGCACGAGCACGUACCCCUCUGCCACGUCGCCCAAUGCGUAUCACACCCCCGGCUACGCGCGCAACCGCCCUCGGUUUUCGCCGCGCACCUUGGGGCGGCCGCGCGUCGUCGAAGACUCUACGCCGCUCACGCGUGGCUCCCCGCGCAUCCUUGACCCCGACGACGACGCGCCGCCGAUCCCGAAGGUCGCGCUGUACUCUGGCAGCGACGAGGAGGACGGCGAGAGCGCGACGCCCAUGCCGUUCUCGCGCGUGCGCGGACGCAACCACCAGCGCGGCUACUUCGACCUCAGCCCGUCGACGCCCGGGUUCGGUGCGCGGAAGGCGCUCCCCGCGGCGUUCCGCGAGGAGGCGGUGCCGCGGUUCGGUUCGGUGGAUACGUAUAGGACGCCGGCGGUGUGCGUGGGGAUAGGGAUGGGCGCGGGCUUGUUGGGUCCGUGGCCGAUCACGAGGGGAGGGAGCGAGGAGUCGACGCCGUCGGUGACGAGCCAGUCGGAGGAGUCAAGUGCGUCGAGCUCGCCGUCGGGGUCGCCCCCUGAGGAGGGCUUGUUUGGGUAUUUGGCGAGGCAGGAGAGGGUGCAGAGUCCGGCGAACGAUCCCAGUUACAACGUAUUCUUGAAUAAGUUCUGCUUCUAUACCGGCUCGGAUUCUCUCCUAGACGUGCAGCCAGAGGUUAUUCAGCGUUCGCACUCUGCUUCGAGCGUUGAGGAGUUGCUCUCGUCGCCGACGUCGAAUUACCACCUGUCACCUGGCAACACCCCGACACGCUCCCCCAGCUUCGACGACGUCGCAUACAUGAGCGGCGCGUCGACGCCCAUCGCGCGGAGCAUCGUCGACUCGCAGACACCCACCCCUAUAUCCCUUGCUUCCUAA